AUGAAAGCGAAAAAACUUACAGCUUGGCAAUAUAAUCAAAUGUGGCCCAAUUUAAAGAAAUGCAAGUUAGCUUACAUUUAUUUUAAUCCCAAAACACAUAAGGAUGGUACACCGUUCCGGCCGAUCAUGAAUACUAUUGAUUCACCGACAACAAAUAUUUCACGUCUCCUAGAUCGUUUAAUUCGACCAAUAUUCAACGACAAAGUCAAAGAUACUACUAUUAUUGAUGGUACUCAACUCAUUCAACGGCUUCAACAAUAUGCUAACGAUGGCCAUUUAAAACCAACUACUUUAUUUUGUACUUUUGAUAUUAAUAAUUUGUAUACAAUGCUACCACAACAAAAGUCACUUGAUAUUCUCGUAGAAUUUCUUCAAACUUAUGAAAUAACACACGUGAGACGAAUGGAUACUGAGACUAUUCGUGAAUUGGCUCGUAUUGUUAUCGAAGAAAAUGUUUUCAUCUAUCGUAACAAAUACUAUCAACAAAUUAUUGGUGGAGCGAUGGGAUCACCGUUUACAUUGACUUUAGCAAAUAUUUUUAUGUGGAAAUGGGAAAAAGAAUCAAUUUGUAAAGAAUUACCAACACAUGAAAUCUAUGGCCGAUACAUCGAUGAUGUGUUCUUUACAUGGAAUGGUUCGCAAGAGCAACUUGAAGAAUUAUUGAAAAAACUCAAUGAGCAUCAUCCAAAUAUUAAACUAGAAUAUAAAAUUGCUCAAAGUCUUCCAUUCCUUGAUGUGCUUCUUACAAAUAAUAAUGGUAUUCUUUCAACAUCUGUCUAUCAUAAACCAGCUGCUGAACCUUAUGUGGUACCGUUUGCCUCUGAUCAUCCACGACAUAUAUUUCGAAACAUUAUUCAAGCUACUCUUACACGUGCUAUACGAUAUUCAUCAACAUUCGAAGCAUUUAACAUUGAACGGCGCAACAUACGAUUAAUGUUAUUGUAUAAUGGUUAUCCAUCAAAAUAUAUCAACGAAGAAUUUCAUAGAUUCUUCGAUCGAUUCAAUUUAUACGAUUUAUAUUCUUCAGUUUUACCGAUGAUCAAACACGCGGCUCAAUUUGUUGCCAUACAUGAUGAAAUUACGCAGAAAUCCACACAUAGGCAAUCACAAGUAGCUUCGGAUAUAACAUUGUCUCAACUUCAUGAUACCGAUUAUGAAAAGUUUGAACAAGUCACAUAUUCGAAAGAGGAUAUGAACACGAAAACACACAAAGUGACCAAAUUUCAGCGAUGCCUAUUUCUACACUAUACAUACGAGAACAGAUUAAGACAUCUCCCACAUGAUAUACAUGAAACCUAUAAAAACACUUACACAGACUCCAAUCUUACCCAAGUGAAAUUGAUCGUUGGAAAUCGAAACAAUACAAAAGCUAAAACUGGCUUCAUACGACGAAAACGUCCGCACAUAUCAAUGCGUCGCCACGAUUAUAAACGCAGUAAGUAUUCACAUUGAACAAUUAAAUCGUUGAAAGAUUCAUACAAAACAUCAUUCUUUUCGUUUCCCAUAGAGCGAAAACGUCCACUUUGAUCCAGAACAACAUCAUAAUGCUUCAACUAAAAAUACGCCUCGCACAAUAAACAUAUUCCUUAUCCAAAAUCUACACUAUUUACUUCAUUUCAUUCUUCCACCUGAUUCGAAAUAAACUCCAUUAUGACUCCUCAUCACGCAAAAGUAUAAAAUAUCAAAAUCCCAUUUAUUCCCGUCUAGAUAAAUAUC